UAUUUUAACGCAGCUAACCAUCUAGAUAGUAAAGUUUUGACAAAUAAAAAGUGAUAAUUAGAAAUAUUUCAAUUGAUUGUGUUAAAAUGAGUGUUCCGAUCGAACUAAAACGUAAGCGGAGGCAGAAAGAUGUAGUGUCCAAUAGGCAAACUAGAAAUAGAAUCAAUGCUGAAAUGAAAAGUUACUCGACCCAAUCGAAAGUUACGAUAUCUGAAGCAAUGUCGCCACAAGCUGCUUCUAUUACAGAAGGACCUUGUGGGAAAAAUGACAUCCCUUCGUUCAAUGUUGAUCAAGAAAACAUAAGGAUUUUAAAUCCUGACACUUCUGCUGCUACAGUGCUGAACUAUCUGGAUUACGUAGAUGAAAUUGUUGAUCCUGAAAUGUGUUUUAAUCCCUCCAAAGGAAAUACUUGCUAUAUUUCUGUUCCAUCAGCAGAUGUUGAUCAAAUUUUUGAGAAAGACCCUAGCAGUGAAGAUGAAUUUGAUGACGCUGUUUCUCAAAUAAUAUUGUCGGAUGACGAAGAAGAUGAAGUGGGCUUAGAAUACCAAAGUGCAAUUGAUUGGGAUUCUUACUCUGAUAGUGAAGAAGAAGAUGAUUCAUCAUUCCAAACGAAACCAGUUGCUGUUGAAGACGGUGAAACUGCAGUGAAAAACAAGAUCGCAGAAUGGGUCGUCAGUUGUCGAAUUCCUCAUCUUCAUGUGAAUUCUCUGUUGAGAAUUUUAAAAACUGAAGCGAACCUACAAUACCUUCCUCUUGAUACAAGGACUCUGCUAAAGUCGAAGAGAGGAAAGCUAACAUUCAUUGAUGUGCCCCCCGGAAAGUAUUAUCACAUAGGAGUCGAACAAUUGUUGAUUUCAUUUCUGCUGCAACUGAAAUCACAAGGAAUACCCAUUCCAAAUCACAUAUGUUUAUUCUUCAAUGUUGAUGGCAUUCCAUUGAGUAGUAGUAGUUCCAGUGAAUUCUGGCCUAUUCUUUCCCGUGUAGUCGGAUUCCCUAACGUAUUUGUUGCCGGCAUCUACCAUGGCCCCGGAAAACCUAAGGAUGUUAAUCAAUUUCUUUCGUCGUUUUGGAAGGACAUUAUGGACUUGAAAUCAAGAGGCCUCACCUUUAUGGGUACACGAGUUGCAGUUUCAGUAACCGGUAUGUCUUGUGAUGCCCCUGCCACUACGUUCUUGCUAAAUAUUGCCACUCACAAUGCGUAUUAUGGUUGUCGGAAGUGUACAACAAAGGGCAGUUGGGUUCGUAACGUAUAUAAAGAUUUAGCACCCAAAAGGGGAGGUAGAGUAACAUACCCGGAUAUUGAUGCAAUUCUACGAACAGAUUGCUCUUUUCGUAAUAGAUCGCAGAUUCAACAUCACGAUAAAAAUGGUAUUCGUUCUAUUAUUGAAGACAUUUUUUAUGAUAUCGUUAAAGCUGUCGUCAUAGAUCCAAUGCACUGCGUGUACAUUGGUGUGCACAAGAAGCUGGUGGGAAUAUGGUUUAACGAUCCUUUUGAUAACGUAAGAAUGUCAGCAGAACAACUUUCAAAGAUUUCAAUGUUUCGUGAAUGGCUUUGCCAAUAUGUUCCAUCUGACUUUGUUCGAAAACCUAGAUCCGUUAAAGAUUUUCCACGCUGGAAAGCAUAGCUUGAACACGCUGCUGCAACGCACGCUGGAACAUAGACUUGAUCUGAAUUAUCUAGGACCUAUAGUAUAUAAAUUUUACCUUAAUCAAAAGUGCUACGACCAUUUCAUCUUGCUUCACGUAGCCAUUCGUUUGUUGUCCAAUAAGGAUUUUUGUCAUAAAUAUGCGAACUACGCCAAUGAUCUCUUGCGACUCUUCGUAAGAGCUAGCUCAAAAAUUUAUGGUGAUAAAUUUGUUUCAUUCAAUGUGCACUGUCUUAUUCAUUUGGUGGAAGACGUAAAAAAUCUCGGUUCUCUUGAUGAAUUCAGUGCCUUUUGUUAUGAAAAUAAAUUACAAGUAUUAAAAACAUGUUGAAAAAGAGCGGUAGACCGUUACAGCAAAUCGUGCGUAGGUUGGACGAGGAGAAUCGCGUUUUAUCGUCAUUAAGACAAUCACAGUGCAUUAAUCUAGAUCGGUUUACACUACAAGACAGUCAUUGUUGCGGUGCAAUGGUGGAAGGUUUGACUUGUGUGGAACAAUUUAAAAAACUUUCUUUCAAAAAUACUUUUAUUAGUUCCUGCAUACCAGAUAACUGCGUGUUUAUCGAUGAUGCUAGUAAUUCAUUCAAAGUUGUUUUAGUACAAAACUGGAUAAGAACAAGUGACAGGGAGAUUCUUUUAUUGGGAAGGAGAUACUUGAAACAUGAAGACUUGUAUACUUAUCCGCUUCCCUCAUCGCAAUUUCACGAAAUAGUGGUUUCUCGUCUGUCAAAUGCUCUGGAAUGUUACUCGUUAACAUCUGUAAAAUUUAAAGCCGUUCACGUUCCAACCACUUUCCCAGAAACUGGAUCGUUCUUGGUAAAUCCUUUAAUGAAUAUUAAUGUAAAUUGAAUUUGUAAUAAAAUGUUUAUCUGCU